GAUCUUACCGCUAGAUCGUACAAGUGGUUCCAUCUGACAAGUAAUGGAGAAAUUUACAUUACGAGCAAGCGCACCUCAGUACUCUCCUUUUUCCUAUUCCUUUCCAUACAAUGUAUAGUUAUACAGUGUAUUCCUGACCAACAUUCUUGUGAAGAACAUCUCUGUGAUCAGAACUAGAGCAGAUGAUUUGAAAAUUCUGCUAGAAAAACAUCUAAAAUUUUUUUUUACUGUAAACAAAAUUGCUCAGAAAAUUGUGUAAUUGUGAAACUGAUUGUGCGCAUCAUCAAUAAAUCGUUUGGUUUGAUCUUUUUGUUUAAAUUGUUAUUAUCAUAUUUCCUAUCACUCUUUUCUUUCUCUAUACUACAAUCACAAAAACAGGCUUUAUUUCCUUAACCCAAUCAUGUGUGCGCUCAAUUCUAGUGGCGCGUAAAAUAAACGUAAUCAGUUGGCAAUGCAAUCAGCUGGCUUAGAUUACGUUAAAUAUCAAUUAAACGUUUUGAAGAAUAAAACGUAUUAAUCGAACAAUAAAUACGAUUAAAAUAAUAUUAUGUCUCUUCUUGCUUAUUGUUUUUCACGUUUAACUGAAUCAAAAAAUAAACAUAAGCUCAAAGGAUUUAAAGUGACAGAUGUUAAUCGAACGCGAAAAUUCGGUGUGGCCUGCCGUAGCCUUCAAGAACUUAAGAGAAAAGCCUGUGGUAAAUUAAAUAUUACUAAUGAUUUAGCUGAAAUCAACAUGUACCUCUUAGAUGGCUCUCUAAUUGACGAGGAAUUUUUUCAUACAUUAGAUAAUCAAACAGCUGUGGUACUUCAAAGGCCUGGAGAAAAAUUAUUGUCAGAUGCAGAUUUACUGUAUGAAACCCUUAAGCAAGUAAACAUUGAUUAUCUUACGGCAGGCGAACAAGCGUCUAAGUUCCUCUCUGAUAAUUUGAAGAGAAAGAUUGCUAUUCUGCAUAGUGUGCUCAAUCGCGAUGAUUCUAAAACAACACUCAGCAGAAGAGAAGAUCAUCCUGAAUGGUUCAGAGGUUUAGAGACCAACAUUACAACCAAAGAGGCGUAUAUGCAUCGUAGAUGUCAAGACAGAAUACGUAGUUAUCUGUACAAAACAAUUGAACAAAUCAAAGCUUCAGAGACCUGGGCAAAUAAUCAACAAGCAAGACUGCAUUUACAUCGUAUUAUAGAAUAUUUUAAACUUCAGCUCAAAGAAGAUCAUUAUUUUGGUUAUUAUUUCGAUCGAAGUCGAAGUUUUAGCGAUGAAUCAAAACAAUGUAGUGAUCAAGUAGAUGGUGCCAAUGAUAAUUGCUAUGAUCAUUGCCCAUGUAAAUUAAAUAAAAUAGAAAUAACUGAGGAAUUUUCGGAUGAUAUUAUCCACUCUAAAGAUGAGAUUGAUGCCAAGAGAAUAUCAACUGCAGAUUCGCGUCAUUCCAAACGGUUAGCAGUCGAUGAAAGCGAAAUCUCACCCUAUGUAGUGUUUUCCAGAGAAAAAGAAGAACAAUAUGCACUCUGUGAUGCCAUGGGAGAAUUCAGAUGUGAAGGAAUUUGGCAUGCUAAAUCUUGUGCUUAUGGAGACCGCCACAGAAUUAAUCCUUACAGAUCACGUGAAGAGUUAAUUCUAUUUUCUACGUGGAAUUUGGAUCACAAGAUCGAGAGGUCACGUUCUCUAGUACCACAGCUACUGAAAUACUCAGAGGAAAAUAUUGUUGAUAAAAAUAUAGUGUUUGGAUUGUACGACAACUUAUUUACUGUCAAGAAUUUACGACUUGUGCACAUCAUAUGUCAUGAUAAAGGAUCUCAUAACUAGAUGCAAUUCCCUGAAUAUUGAUACAAAUAAUAGGCUGUUGUUAGAAGAUAAAAGAAUCUAUGUAUCGUUAAUAUAUAAUACUUAAUAGUUUAUUAGGGCGUUGCGUAACGGUGCCAAAGAAAAAAGAUAGAUUAUAAAACUUAGUAUUUUAUCAGCAACGUCAAAUGAAAUCAAAAUUGACGCGAAUAUUACAAGUUUAAAAAAAUAUCGAAUUACAGAUAAAUUACUAUUUUUUGUUUAAUUCUUAAUUUUUGAGUAUUUGAAAGAAUAUUCAUAGUUAUGUGUAUAAAAAAUAUAUUCAUAUAUAAAAGUAAAAAAGACAUCAAGCACUGACUAUCAAGGAGGAAUGUAAAAAAUUAACAAAUUUAAGUUAAAUGUGGAGGAUAGAAAAAAACUUAAAAUUAUGAACAGGAAAAUAUAAAUAAUAUUUUUUUGUAAUGUUUACAAAAAUUUUAUUAAUUUAGUUGCAUUUAUUGAUCAGGAAUAAUAAUAUUACUUAAUCUAUAAAGAAAAAAACAGGGUGAAUAAGUAAUUAAGUCUUUAUCUGUAUCUGUUAAGUUUAUAUAUGAUUUUCUUGUAAGAAAUUUUUCGUGUAAAUAUUUUUAGAGGAUUUAUCUUGAGAGUU